ACGAUCAAGUGUGAUGACGUUAUGAAACGCACCUGAACGCUGUACGGCCAAAUAGGGAAUCCCUUCUCUGUGUUCUUCAGUUUGGUUUUUUAAGGAUUUUAUUUAGUUCAUUCAAAUCGGCUGAUAGCGUCAAGUGUUUGGAGACAAAUUAUUAUUGUGAGUUGGACGCCUUUACGCGAGUUGCUGGGACUUGUCUGAGACGUUUUACAGGAACCGGAGAUGGAGGAAUUAACGAUAUUCGAGCAGCAUACUAUAACACUCGGCAAAGAUUCCAAGAUGGGGUUUGGCUUUGCGAUAUCAGGAGGCAGAGACCAGCCGAACCCGGACUCAGGGGACACAGCCGUGAUAGUUUCAGAUGUGGUACGGAACGGACCCGCUAUGGGACGGCUGUUCGUCAGAGAUCAGAUCGUCAUGGUCAAUGGCGUGUCAAUGGAGAAUGUCUACUCGACCUUCACCAUCCAGAACCUCAAGUCAUGUGGCAAAGCAGCCAACAUAACAGUGAAGCGUCCUCGUAAGAUCCAGCUCCCCGCCAGCACCAGACCCUCGCGUGCUGCCUCCUACUCCAACCUGCUGGACCAGGACCCCCCACAGAGGCCCCGACGCUACUCUGAUGGUGGUGACCAGGCCCACAAAGCUGACCGCACCGCCCUCGACCGCAACGGAACCGCUCAUGCCCUGCCGCUAAGUUCAGGGUACAAACGGCUCCCACAGCAGGCCUUCCCAGACAAGCCAAUCAAAGCCACCCUGCUGAAGAAGAAACUCACAGACGAGUAUGGACUGAAGUUGGGAAGCCAGAUCUUCAUCAAACACAUGACUGAGACGGGUCUGGCUGCCAAGGAGGGCACUCUGCAAGAGGGAGACCUCAUUCUCAAGAUCAAUGGGAUGACCACAGAGAACCUGUCCCUUCUGGAGACCAAGCACCUGGUGGAGAAGUCCCGGGGAAAGCUGACCAUGAUGGUCCUGCGAGACGACCGCAAGUUCCUAGUCAGCAUCCCAGAAGUGCAGGACAGUGACCCCAACAGCGAGGAGGACCACCGCGGCAACAGCAGCUCUGAACUGGAGGACAUUUCAGACCUGGAUACAGACAUCCCCACUCCCAGAGACAGAGUGUCACGCUCUGCAACUAGAGAACGACGCACACGCAGAAGAGCUGAGCCUCCUCUAGUAGUUAAAUCACGUGAUCUGUCCCCGGUGCGGUCGACACUGUCCCGACCUGUUGCUAAAGCCUACCCCUCUCACCGAGCCCUCUCAGAGUCUGAGUCUGACCGUAGUGCAUCACCCACUCCUGUCAGGAAGGACAGCCCAGACCACGCCAACAAAUACAGAACUCUUUCAGGGCUGUCCACCCUCCCCAACCCCAAAGCCUCAUCUGCCGUCUUUGACUGGGUCGCCCCACGUUCCUCCCGUCCCUCCUCCUCCACCUUGAGACCUCGCAAAGUGGUGUCAGAGUCGGACUCGGACCGCAGUGCCUCCCCACCCCCGAGAAGAGGGGAGAGUUCCCGAGUCAUAGAGGACCACUCCAGAUACAGAGUGCUCCCUAACCUGUCCCACCUUCGGACACUGAGAGCCUCACCCAUCACCAUUCGUCAGGAUCCUCCUCGACGGGUCUCUUCUCCUGUCAAAGCCCCACUCCCAGACUCUGAAUCUGAGUCAGACAGCAGCUCUGGGCCCGCCCACAGCCAGGACUCCCGGAGCAGAUACAGAGACACUCCCUUGGUAGCCAUGUUUCCCCAGGUGGAGCCCCCCAAGUGGAAAGCCCCCAGUGUCACAAGGAGCAAUCCUGCUAAAGAGCACUCAGGAUCGGAGUCGGAGGCAAGUUACGCAUCCGUCCCUCGACGGGAGUCUAAUGACAGUGGAGGCUCCAUCUCCAGGGUAUCCAAGAACAGAUACAGAGCUCUGCCUGAGAUGAAGUCUUCUCCAGCUCCAGUAGUGAGACAGGACCCCCCUCGACAAGGCAUGACCUCUUCCAGUCCAGUCUCAGGUUCCUCUGAUUCGGACCGUACACCCUCACCCCCUAGGAGGUCUGGGAGUACAGAUGUGGAGAGCAACCACAGUAUUCCACACAGAGUCAAUGGCGAUGUCCGCACUGGGAUAUCAAUGAAGAGCAACCCUCCAGUCUACUACAAGACCGAGGAACCCCUCUACUCCCUACCCCCAGACUCCAUUCCUACACCUAGCUUGGGCUCAGAUCUGAACACAGUGUCGUUUGUGAAGGAGGCAAGCGUUGGUCUGAGACUGGUGGGAGGCAACGAUGUGGGCAUCUUUGUGGAUGGGGUUCAGCCCAACAGCCCAGCUCAGGAGCAGGGUAUGAAGGAGGGGGACCAGAUCAUGCAGGUGAAUGGGGUGGACUUUGGUUAUUUCAACCGUGAGGAAGCUGCGAUGUUCCUGAUCAACAUCAAGAGAGGGGAGCCGGUCAACAUCCGUACUCAGAACAAGAUGGACAUUUACAAGAAGAUCCUGAAGUCCAACCUGGGGGACUCGUUCUACGUCAGGACCCACUAUGACAAUGAGGUGGAGGGCAACAUCGGCCUAGCCUUCACCAGGGGAGAGGUGUUCAGAGUGGUGGACACCAUGCACAGGGGCAAGCUGGGAAAGUGGCUGGCUAUACGCAUGGGCAAUGACCUGCAUGAGCUGGACAAGGGCACCAUCCCCAACCAGGUCAGGGCCGAGACUCUGGCCAGAAUGGAGCAGGCUCAGAGGGCCAGUGGAGAAGGUGAUCGCCAGGUUUCAGGGCCCAGGGUAGAGUUCUGGAAACUACGGGGGCUCAGAGGGGCCAAGAAGAACGUCCGCAGGACUCGUGAUGACCUGCUCCAGCUUACUAUCCAGGGCAAAUUCCCAGCUUACGAGAGAGUUCUGCUCAGAAAAGCUAAUUUCAAACGGCCAAUCGUCAUCAUGGGUCCUCUGAACGAUGUGGCCAUGGAGAAGCUGGCCAGAGAGAUGCCUCAUGAAUAUGAGGUGGCAGAGAUGGCUCCUCGUAGUAGUGGCGCAGACACUACUUCCACGGUCAUCAAGCUGGACACAGUACGAAGGAUUGCAGAGAAGAACAAGCACCCUCUGCUGGACAUUACUCCCACUGCCGUGGAGCGUCUGAACUACAUCCAGUACCACCCCAUGGUUCUGUUCCUGGACCCACACAGCAGGAAGGACGUCAAGGUCAUGAGGCAGAGGAUGUGCCCCGACUCCAACAAGAGCUCCAGACGCCUCUACACACAGGCCCUCAAGAUGAGGAAGCACUGCAGCCAUCUAUUCACAGCUCGUAUUGAUCUCCAGCCCAGCUCUAAUGUGUGGUAUGAGACUCUGAAAGACAAGAUCAGACACCAGCAGGCCAAACCUGUCUGGGACUCAGAAGUCACGUUGGAGGGAGGCGGAGAGGAGGAGCUGGAUGCAUUGGACCGGACCCACUCGGACUACCUGAGUGCUGCCAGCGAACUGGAGGACACAGACGUCUACACUGAUAAUGAGGACCUGGAGGAACCAUUUGAUCCCAGCAAUCAGCCCCGGAUCUCCAGGCUCACCGCUCUGGCCCGGUCUUCAGAGCCUGCCUCUGAGUACCCCUCCCCCGAGUCCCUGAGAGAGGUUCCACCCCUGAUGCAUGUGUCUGAGCCCAGAUCGACCCAUCGUCCAUCUGACAGCCCUCCCCACGUUGACGUUGCUGAUGAAAUCCGACCCUAUCAUAGCUUCUCAGAUUCGGACUUCAGGGCCAUUGACCAGGCUGUUCCGACCACCCCCUCGGACACACCCCCUGACUUCAUAGCCCCUGACCCCAGAGUCUCUGUCUCUGUGCUUGAGCCCCCAUUGGCUGAACUGCUGCCAGAGAGCCCCCCAGCUGUCACACUGUCAGUCAUAGAGAAGAAACUUCAACAGACCCGUAUGGCAGAAUCUCAGGAGAGGAAAGCAUCUCCAUUGUUCAUUGUGUUGGCUCACCAUCAGGCUGUCCAAACGAGGCGCACUCGGAUCCGAGGCAGUGACAGCUCUGACAAUGAAGAGACUGAUGACAUCGAGUGGGGUCCAGCUACAGAACUUUAGAUUAGAGCACACCAUUCCAGAACUAUAACUCUAGAGUGCACAGACAACGGCCGUGUUCGAGAGCAUCAAAACCGUGAUGUGACUGACUGAUCUUCAAAUCAUAAUCAGUCGCUAUUUAUGAUAAAGUUCAGUCAUUCGGCAGUCGCCUGCACAAACAAGGCAAUAGCCUCUUAAAUGGGAGAUGUGAAAUGCUCUCAACCUUCAAGGAUCACUUGGUUUGUUUUGUCCUUCUGUUGGACUAACAUCUUCUUUGGAGAGGUAAGUUAGAGGGCCAAUGCUAGGGCUGCCUUCAGACAUGGGAAUUUAGGCGAUGGCUUCCGCAGACCAGAGCUCACACCUUUCUUUAUGUCUAAUUCCAAGAGAGGAAGAUGUUUCAUUUAGCUGGAAAUUCUAAUAAAAAAAAUCAGGGUUUUUGUAUUUCUACAACUUUAAAAAAAAUAAAUGCAAUUUUUAAAAUCAAAACUAUGGAGACGUUACCAACAACUUUGCUGUCAAGGAUGUCAUUUGAACAAAAAACAUUUUAAAGCUGGAAUCCUAAAUUAAAACAAGUGGUCAUCCCACCUUUUGGGUCAAAACAACUGCUAUGUAUGCAAGGACUGACCAUUGAUUAUCUAAAAAAAUAUAUAGUUAACCAUAGAGGCUUUUCAGUGUUUUAGAUGUACUUUGUCAACAAACCAUGGAGUAUAACAAGCUUAUAUUUUGGGUUCUGAUUGGGUAUGUGAUAUAUGGCCAAUUUACCACGGCUAAGGGCUGUUCUUAUGCGCAACGUGAUGUGCCUGAAUGGGAAAUGCUCCAAAACAAUUAUGGACAUUCACAGAACACUGGAUAUAUUGAAGCUCAAUUUUCUAUCCUGCUUCACUUCUGUUAAAAUGACUGAUUUUUGUAAAGAUUUGGUUCAUUAAAGAUUACAGAUAUGGCAAUGAAUAUCUGCCCUUGUCAUUGUUUUUCAUUUCAAGAACAGAAUAGAAAAUCCUCACCUUGUCCACCCAUAACUAUUUGUAAUGUAACAUCCCUGUAUUACAAAUAUAUUGAUUGAAUAAUCAUGUUUCUGGAUAAUGGAUGAAUAAAACUCAGUUUAGCUGUGAUACAUGAUGACAAUGGCAGCCUGAGCACAUAUUAUAUUAAAGGGAUAGUUUAACCAAUCUGUCAUUGAAUCAUUUGUCUUUUUAACCCUGUAAGCAGUCUAUGGACAAGGUAUGACAGCACUGUUUUAACAUGUUAGCGUUUCAGUUGUUGCAGAAAUUGACCCACUAUGCUGUUUACAUUCUGCAUCUUUUUUCAGUUAAGGAUUUUAAUGCUUAAAUGUUUGCACCCCUUCCAUGUUUAACUUCUUAGUUUUUUUUAAACCUCUCCCUGUCAUAUCAUACAUAUUGCCCCCUUCCCUGUCCUCAGGAUUGCAGAGUUAGAGCAGGACAAUAAGAUGAGUCCCAUUUAACCUGGGCAUCAUGUUUGGCCCCUCUCUGAUGUGGCCCCGGCCCACUGGGGCCACAGUGUCCCUGUCCUCUCUUGUGGACUACCCCCACCAGGCCCGCAUCAGAGACUCUGUCUUUUACACAGCCAUCUUCCAGUCCUCCAACAGUCACCCAUUCUCCACCCAACAGGUCUGUUGUGUACAUACUUUAGAUAAGCAAAAUUACAUGUUAAAGAAUAUUUCAAACAUACAAAGAAUGUGAACGCUUUCUGUUCACCUACCCACAAUAGCUCAACUAAUACCAGAGUUGUGAAUGGUUUGAACUCAAGCUCCCUAUUUUAUCUUAGGUUGUGUUUGUCUCCCCCUGCUGGUAGACUGUCGGUGCAGGUAUAGAUGAGAACAGCAGUGCUGCGGUAGCUGAUGUAGAGGAACAGAGCAGAACAGACUGACAAUAUGGAGGGCUGUGGCAGUUCUCUAGGCUCCCUAGGCUCCAGUGAGCAAAUGGUGGACUCUGACUCUGAGCUGGAUGAGACUGGGAGAGGGUCCCCACAGCCUGGUCAAACAGGAGAGCAAGGUCAGCACAGAGGAUGACCAACUGAGCUGCAAGGAUAGCCUGAAACUCUCCAGUCUCUACCUCAGACUGACCUGGUUCCCGAUGCCUUGGACCAUGAGACCUAGAGGCUUCUGAGCUCAACGUGAAUCAGUCCAACAACCAUGUUCUGGGCAGGUCAAAGGUUAGUCUGCUGCCCAGGGACAGGGAGCCAGUUUGUGUAAACACGGCCUGUACUUCCAGUCUGGUGGAUGUUACCAUGAAUCUUGGUUUUAACUUUGGCAUUAGAAUGUCAUGUAAUACUACAUGACACAUUCAUCCAGCUGCCUGUGACUGGAACGAAUUGCAAGAAUCGCUGAAGUUGGAGACUUAUCUCCCUCAAUUUCAAACAUCUGCUAUCUGAUCGCUGUAGCUGUACAGUCUAUCGGUAAAUAGCCCACCCAAUUUUACUUACCUCAUCCCCAUACUGUUUUAUUUAUUUACUUUUCUGCUCUUUUGCACACCAAUACCUGUACAUGACCAUCUGAUCAUUUAUCACUCCAGUGUUAAUCUGCAAAAUUGUAAUUAUUUGCCUACCUCCUCAUGCCUUUUGCACACAAUGUAUAUAGACUCUUUUUCUACUGUUUUAUUGACUUAAUUGUUUACGCCAUGUGUAACUGUCUGUUCACACUGUUCUGCUUUAUCUUGGCCAGGUCGCAGUUGCAAAUGAGAACUUGUUCUCAACUAGCCUACCUGGUUAAAUAAAAAAAUCUUGGACACUUAGUUAUAGCUGUUUUCUGUCAGCAUUAAUUCUAGUUAUAACAAGCUGUGAUUUAAUAUUGAAAAUUGGCAUAGCGAUAAUCUAUUUUAAAAAGUAUUUACAUUGCUCUUAUGCUUGAAUAGUGAGUUUGUCUUGUGAUUUAAGAUAACUAUUCCAGGUAUUCAAAGUGCUGCUGGUUUUUAUUUCAGAAAUAAAAUCCAACUUUAUCUUAACAGUUAUGUUGGCUGUAUUUGUCUACCUGCUGAAUUCACUGUUUUGACAUUGUCAGUAAUAAAGAGAAUACUAUUAAAUGUUGACUUGUAAAACAACCAUAGCCUCAUGUAUACCUGCUGCUACUCUAGGUGACGUGCCCUUUGUCCUGACCUUGCCCACAUUUUUAGACAACUAAAAUAUGCAUUGUCUGGAUGGUCAAACCAUAUUAAAAUAACUAGCAUCGCCAUACAUAUC